GGUCUCAUUCCUCCCUAGAUCAUUGCUGGGUGCAGAAGAAAAUGUGUGAGGUAAUGAAAUCUCCUACACUCGGCCAAUAAAACCGAUAUUGCAUUUUAUAAAUGAGAAUGAAGCUUUUGUCAACAAAACAAGGGACAAUCUGAUCUACAGGAGGGGGAAGUUCUUGUACGUUAUCUAAUUAACGUGUUUCUGCGUCGCUGGCCAAUUUACAGUAACGUUUGGAGGAGAUUCCAGAGAGGAAAUCAAACGUGAAACGCUUGGCGAACUUUGUACCGUGUCUGAACUUCGGCGUUUCGACUCCAGCCAUGGAAUACAAAGUGGAAGCCCACCGGAUUAUGAGUAUUUCCUUAGGGAAAAUCUACAACUCGCGCAUUCAACGUGGUGGCAUUAAAUUGCACAAAAACCUCCUGGUAUCGCUGGUCCUUCGCAGCGCGCGUCAGGUCUAUCUGAGCGACUACUACAGCGGCGCGUGCCUGAACGCUCAAGGCGAACGCGAAGGGAACGAAUGGGACAUUAUGGAUUCAGAGCGGGAGAAAUUCCCUCCCUCUACAACGGAAUGUGAAAGCCCAGAGGAACCUCAACCAAAUAAGCAACCCGAGGCGAGCGAGAAAGAGCGGGAAUAUCGCGAAAACGACGACGAGGUGAAAUCAAACCAGGCGGAUUGUACUUCAACUUUACAACAAGAGCAAAAACAAAACUCUUCGUUGGACUCUGUUGGUAACGUUUCAUCUGAAACCCCACCGGAAACCAUUAACGAACCCAAGGAGAGUCCCUCAGACACUACAGUAGCAGAACGUCAGUCAACGCCUGUAGAGAACGGGGAUUCACAGCAACCACCCAAAACGCAUGUUUGUUCAAACAGGAAAAGAAGCGCGGAGGAGUCGGAAAGAGACGAUUCGCCUCUAAAAAGGACAAAAGUCGCUUCCUCAAACGCUAAAGACGACGAGGAAGCCGAGGAAAUGGACACAAGUAACGUGUCCAAUCUCAUAACGAUAUUUGGUUCCAGUUUCUCAGGACUUCUCAGCAAGGACAGCGCUAAACCUGAGGCUGAGGCUGAAGAAAGUGGUCAAAUCUGCUGCGACCAAAUGUUGAAGAACCUAAACCCUUGGAGUACAGCGAUAGUCGCUUUCUAACUGUAUUGUACUAUACUUCUUAUCCGGGUUGCCCUGCGUGCAUUGGUAACACGUGGUCAGGCCUGGGCUCAACAUGGUAGUGUGGGACUUCCCAGCAAGCAUGAGUGGUGCUUCCAAAGUACAAGCUCAGUUUGGCCUAUAAGAUGUCCGGGCAUGCCUUUCUAGUGAAGGAACUAUUUGAAUGCUGGUGCUACUUCUUGGGAUUACAGUUCUUGAAGUGUUGAACUCUCUAUUCAGACAAUUCAAAAAAGCCAUGUGAGCAAGGGGUAUUACAACAUAUGCAAACGUGUCAUGAAGGUCAAUAUUACAUUGUCUCCGAACCGAUUCAGGGGCGACCACACCAAACUUGACUGUACGAGGUUUAGGCCACUGUUUUAAUGUCUUUGUUUUAUAAAGACCUGUACAUAAUGUAAUAUUUGAGUGUGUGUAUAUAUUGCUUCCCAUGUCGCAUUCUGAAUCUAUGUAUUUUGGUAUCAUGACAAUUUACGUGGUGCUCACGUAUUAAAAAAUGUGAAAU